UCCUGGAAGACGUGGCCAAGUGAACUUCGACAGUGGAAGUAAACACUUCUAUGGCGCUUCCGGAGUCGUUAAUUCAUUCAGUGGGCUCUCUCAGAUAGCAACGUCGUAUGGUUUUUAACUCGUACCAUAAAAUGGAAUGUAAACUCUAGCCUUUACUAGACCAGAGGCCUGAGAUGUCUUCCCCAAAAAACCCUGUGCUUCAUGAGAGCACCGUUGGAUUAUAUAUAACUAAAUACAGAAGCCAAAUACAAAUUCACCCGACAGAUGGUGGAUGCAUUGUUUCCUUCCAGAAAGACAGCAAACCAAAGGAUUAAAAGAUAUUUUCUUUUUUGCAAACUUUGCAUCUUUGUUCAAGUAAACACCUUUUUCAUAGUUGUGUAUUUGUACUGGUUUGAACCAUACCAAUAAGCAUUUAAACAUGGGGCCAUUAAUGGAGAUAGCAGACAUUGCAGUCGUUGCACUGUAUUUUGUCCUCGUGCUUGGUAUUGGAUUUUUUGCCAUGUGGAAGGCCAACCGAAGCAGUGUAAGUGGCUACUUCCUAGCUGGACGAACUAUGAACUGGGUGGUGAUUGGAGCAUCACUGUUUGUGAGCAAUAUUGGCAGCGAGCACUUUAUCGGCCUGGCUGGAUCGGGUGCAGCAAGUGGUUUUGCUGUUGGUGCCUGGGAGUUCAAUGCCCUCCUCCUCCUUCAACUCCUGGGCUGGGUGUUCAUCCCAGUCUACAUACACUGUGGUGUCUACACCAUGCCCGAGUACCUUUCCAAGCGCUACGGAGGUAAAAGGCUAAAAGUUUAUUUUGCUGGUCUUUCUCUUUUGCUGUACAUCUUCACCAAACUAUCAGUGGACUUGUAUGCAGGUGCACUCUUUAUCCAAGAGUCCUUAGGCUGGAAUCUCUACCUGUCAAUCAUCCUGCUAAUCACCAUGACGGCCCUGCUGACAAUAACAGGUGGUCUGGUUGCUGUGAUCUACACUGACACUCUUCAAGCAGUGCUCAUGAUCGGUGGAGCUUUGAGCCUCACAGUCAUCAGCCUGAUCAAGGUGGGUGGACUGGAUGGUGUUCGAGAAAAGUACAUGGAAGCCAUUCCAAAUGUCACUGCCAUCCUCGCCAGCCACAACUACAGUUUUGCCUACACAAAUUCUUGUCACAUAUACCCAAAGCCGGAUUCCCUCAAACUCUUAAGAGGUCCCCUCGAUGAGGACAUUCCCUGGCCAGGGUUCCUAUUAGGCCAGACUCCUGCAUCCAUCUGGUACUGGUGUGCUGACCAGGUGAUAGUUCAGAGGGUACUCGCUGCUAAGAACAUUGCCCAUGCCAAGGGUUCCACUCUUAUGGCAGGAUUGCUGAAAAUUCUGCCCAUGUUCAUCAUUGUCAUUCCAGGAAUGAUCUCACGGAUAAUGUUUCCAGACGAGCUUGCCUGUAUCGGCCCAGAGCACUGCAUGGCUGUGUGUGGCAGCCAAGCUGGCUGUUCUAACAUUGCCUACCCACGGCUGGUCAUGAGCAUAAUGCCAGUGGGCCUGCGGGGACUGAUGAUGGCUGUUAUGAUUGCUGCACUUAUGAGUGACCUAGACUCUAUAUUCAACAGUGCCAGUACCAUCUUCACUCUAGACAUCUACAAAAUGGUGCGGACUUCUGCCUCCUCCCGUGAGCUGGUUGUGGUGGGGAGACUCUUUGUGAUCUUCAUGGUGACCAUCAGCAUUGCUUGGGUGCCCGUCAUCAUUGAGAUGCAAGGUGGCCAGAUGUACUUGUACAUCCAGGAAAUGGCGGGAUAUCUGACACCACCCAUCGCUGCUCUUUUCCUUCUCGGUGUCUUCUGGAAGCGCUGCAAUGAGAUGGGCGCUUUCUGGGGUAGCAUGACUGGCUUCAUUCUGGGUACAGCACGUCUUAUUCUUGGUUUCGUCUAUCGCGAGCCUCGAUGCAACCAAACAGAUGAGAGGCCAGCUUUCAUUGUUCAUGUCCACUACAUGUACAUAGCUGCUGGACUCUUCUGGAUCUCUGGCCUGGUGGCUGUAGUGGUCAGUCUUUGCACCCCUCCCCCAACUAAGGAGAAGAUCCAGCGCACCACUGUGUGGGGACUACGCAGUGUGGAAAAGCUACCAGUGACAGAACGGGAAAAGACAUACAAGUUGACCAGUAAGAGCCCUGUCCACUGCAAUGGCAACAGCACACUCCAGAAAGACCUGCCUCUGGAUGUCCAGAGAGAACGAUGUCUUGAUGGGGCUGAUCUAAAACUCCUCAUGCCUGCCCCUUGUGACCAGGAUCCUGUGAUUCCUAGCACAGAUGCACCCACCCCAUUGGAGGCAUAUUGCAAUAGGCAUGCAGAGCUGGUAGGGCGUAAGGAUGAGGGGAGCAGGCAAUUUGAGAAUGGCAUGUGUCUGCAUCACUUUGACUGGAUCUGUGGGUACAAGGAACAAGCUGCAACUCCUGCACCCAAAGCCACUGAAGAAGAUGAACGGAUUGUCAUGGAGAUGCUUUAUGAGCCCCCAAAAAUCAAGCUUCUUUUAAACUUUGGCCUGAUAAUAGUCUGUUUUCUUGGUCUCUUCAUGUUUGUGUACUUCUCCCUGUAACCUGCUACUCAUCAUAUCCAUUAGACAAUGUGAAGGGCAGUACCUGUGUAUGAUCUGUUUGUUAUUACAAAAUGUACAACACCAUUUUCAAAAAUAUUGGGACACUGUGCAAAGUGUAAAUUAAAACCAAAUGCAAUAGUGUGCAAAUCAUUUAAACCAUACAGUUCAUUUAAAAUAGUACAAAGACAACACUAUAAAGGUUGAAAUCUUAUUGUUUUUGAAAAAUAUUUGACCAUUUUGAAUUUGAUGCCAAGAACGUUACAACAAAGUUGGGACGGGGGCAACAAAAGGCUGGUAAAGUUCUAAAGUUGUAAUGCUUAAAAAACACAUGGUGGUUUAUUGGCAACACGUCAGUAACAUGAUUGGGUAUAAAAACCAUCCCAGAGAGGCUAAGUCAGAGGUAAAGAUGAGGAUGGGUUCACCAUUCUGUAAAAGACAGAUAAGUAGUGCAACAUUUCUAGAAUAAUGUUUGUCAAUAUAUCUCUGUAUGCAAAGGACAAGGUCAAAAUACAGUAUUUGCCAACCAUGAACUUCGGGCCCUCAGGUGGCACUGCAUUAAAAACAUGAAAACCACUGCCUGUGAGAACAGUUCAUUACUGCAUCCACAAAUGCAAGUUAAAACACUAAAACGUAAAGAAGAAACAAUAUACAAUGAGGAUCCAGAUAUGCUGCCACCUUCUUUGGGUCUGAGCUCAUUUAAAAUGGACUGAGAUAAAGUGGAGAAGUGUCCCGUGGUCCAACAAAUCAACAUUUGAAAUUCUUUUUUGGAAAACGUGUCCUCUGGGCUAAAGACCACUCAACUUGCUAUCAGUGCACAGUUCAAAAGCCAGUAUUGUAAUUGUAUAGGGGAGCUUUUGUGUGUAUGGCAUGGGUUUCGUGCACGUCUAUGAAAGCGCCAUUAAUGCUGAACGAUAUGUACAUGUUUUGGCAUUAUGUGCCAUCAAGGCAUCUUUUUCAGGGAAGUAUUUGCUUAUUUCAGCAAGACGAUGUCAAACCACAUUCUGCAUGUAUUACAAAAGAAUUGCUCUAUAUUAAAUGAGUCCAGCUGCUAAACUGAUCUGCCUGCAGUCCAGACCUGUCACUCACUGAUAACAUAUAAAACGAAGUAUAUGACAAGGAGACCCUGAACUGAUGAGCAGCUGAAAUCAAGUGAAAACAAGAAUGUAAAAACAUUUCACUUUCGAAACUACAGCAGCUGGACUCCCCAGUUCCCAAACACUUACAGAGUGGUGAUGUAAGGAGAGAUGAUGAAACGCAGUGGUAAAAAUGCCCCCGUCCCAACUUUUUUGGAAUGUGUUGUUGGCAUCAGAUUCAAAAUGGGCUUAUAUUUUGGCAAAAUUUAAAUUGAAAAAAGAGAAAACUGGGAAAUUUACAUGUCAGAGUUUUAUGAACAACCUUAAUUAUUCUUUGCAGUGUUGUAUGCCAUAACAAGUGUUGUAAAGUCUGUCUAAACUUACAUGCUAGCAUUAUUUUAACAGUAACUUUCUAUGUGAGUGUUCAGUCAUUGUACUUGUCAGUCAUUGUGUAGCAGUCUCCUCUUCCUGGUUAUGUGUUUUACUGUAUCAUGCUGAAAGUACUUUUGUCAUCACUCUGUAAGAGCAAUGAUUAGGGCACAAAGGUGUGUUUUAGAAACCACCAAAAUGCCUUCUCUUCAAGUAGGGACACUAAGUUAAAAAAAAAACACCUUCUUGUCCCCAUUUUGAGGAUUUCAGUGAAGUUCUGAACAAUGUCUCAGAAAACAUGUUUUUCCAACACUGAAACACAAACUAUACAAGCACAGCCUGUUUUUCCACACCAGCCAGAAAACAUCAGUUAAAAUCAUGUUGUCAUCUGAAUUUGUGUAAUAUGUGAAAGCAUAUGAUGCUAUCCCAGAACGGGUCAGCUAAGACUGGGAUGUCCAGUUUUGAUUGCUGUGCAAAAUAGAAUUUAGUUCUUCUAGAGGAAGAAUUUCAUUUGUGGUUGCAGGAACAGGCACUGUCUGUUGUGCUGCUUUUGAAUGCACUGUUUGUUUAGUGAAAGAGGAAGUUAGUGGCUUGGCUUCAGGCAAACGCAGACAUAAAUGGUAGUUCACCAUAGAUGACUGUUUUGAAGUCAGAGUUUGGUAUCAUACUGCCUGCUGGAAGCUUUGCAGACACAUUACCCAGUAGGUUAUGUUGAUGGAGGUUAAAUAACUCGUGAGUUAGUAAGUAGUAUUGUAUAUGCUUAAUAAAUAUAUAGCACAGCUCCAAUUGGAAUGCUGUUGUUUGGAAAAUAAACAUCAUGCCUCAGGGGGCUACUGGGAAUGAGUGAGAUUCUAAUUGGUUUUGCAGUGAGUGUCUUCAAUAUUCCCCCAUCAGCUAUAAUGAAUUGCUGCGAUAGUAACCAGCAAAGAUACUAAUACUGAAGGUCUUUAUGAGGCACCGCCUGGUUAAUUGAGGAUUCAGAGUAGCCUUAUUCGUAGGUUGAGAUCCACCAGAAUGUAUGUUAGUGAAUUAGUAAAAUGUGACUGGUUUCUUUCAAUGAUUCCAAUACGUAUCAAAAUAGAAAAUAAAAAAGACAUCAGAUUGAAUUAUGUUCGUGUUUUUGUUAUUGCACAGUGCUCCCAAUAAGUUGUGUAAUCAGUUGGUCUCAGUCUUCAAAUAGCCCGUUUCUUACAUCGAUUUAUCCAGUAAUUUAAUUGCUCAUAUUUUUGAUUGAUAAUGUGGUGGAUUUCAGCCCUGAUUCAGGAAUGCACUACGUAAUUAAGAGCUGGUUCUGUCUGGGUUUCAGCAAGACCAAAACCAAAGGUGAAGGUAUAUGCUGUGAUAGAAUUUAUAGAUUACAUUUAGGAACUGUUUCCAGAAAGGUUGUCACAUAAUGCAGGCAGUUACUUUUAUGCUAUUCCUUACAUGUUGCCUUGUUUCUAAGUUCAACAAAUUUUUUUUUUUUAUAAGUUUAAAGAAAUGCAAAGUAAGGAAACUUUUUCAGAGGGUUAGUGUGAUGUUAGCAUAUUCUAGUGUUGGAAGAUCCCAUGACAAAAAGCAUUUGAGUGUAUUGGGUUGUUUGGCUCAGUAUUGAGCUUCACCUUUGGAUUGGUCAAGGUGAAUGUGUUUGAAGUCAAUACAGGUCCACAGACCUGGAGCAUAGAGUGUAGAAGUGGUGGAUACUACCACAUGGCCUACAUGAAAAGUACACAGCAAAAUUCUGUGUGCAUGGGAGAUUGUUUGCUUGGUACCAGCCAGGUUUUAAAAUAUGUCAAAAUAACUGUUUUCAUGUUGUAACUAAUUUAUAAUGCACUCACUGGUUCACUCAGUGUCGCUAUCUAAAUUUACUGGAAGUAAUUCACCUACCAGUGAGUCAUGAUUCACAAUUGAGAUGACCAAGUGCUUUCACUACUGUUGUUUUGGUGUGUUUUUUGCCCUUUUACUUGUUUUAAAUGACUCCAAGAAGCAGUGUAAUUUAUGUUUUCAUUUUUUUGUUGUGUGACAACCAAAUAUGUAUAAAGCCUCUCCUUACCAGACGUGUCUUACUUUCAAAUGAGCUGUUGAACGAGUGAUUGUUAUGUCCUUAUAUAAGUAGCUUUGCACAAAGAGAUCUGGCUGAACACAGUUGCUGCGUUGAAGAACAAGGGUCUCAUACAGCUGUAAAUUAUACAGACAUUGAGCUUUGCAGUCAUCUGCAUUUCUAAAGACCCCUUGUGUUGCUGAAAUCUGGAGUUGGAGAAGCUGUUCAAUGUUUGAUGCUUUAAAUUACUUAUUUGUGCAGCUAUAAACAAACAGAUGUACAUGUUUACUACUUUUUUAUAAAUAAAAGGAAACCGUAUAAAAAGGA